CUGACGAGCAAGUCGUUCUUUUCCAUCGCUUGAACGGAAGCUCGCACACGGCUGUAUGUCGCUAUCGGGAACAGGGAGCCGACCGGAGCUGUGACAGAGCGCUAUGAUUUCUGACCGGAAUACUACAUUCACUUAUCCCAGGCUGUUUUGGAAUAUGGCUGGGCAUUGUUAUGGAGGGAUUUAAUGGAAUUUACUCAGGACCGUCAGUUCCCAAGACUUGCUCUGUCUGAACACCUUGAAUUGCUGAUCGGAGUUUCGUCGGCUGUCAGAAUGGGUCCAGUCAUGCCCCCCAGCAAGAAGCCCGAGGGUAGCGGGAUCAGCGUGGCCAGCGCCAGCCUCAGCCAGUUCUACCAGGCCGGCUCUCUGUCCCGGGCGCUGCAGGAGGCCGAGGAGCCGGACAUGGCGCUGCCCGUCCCGCUGGCCUCGCCCGCCGUCAAGCUGGAGAAGGGCGGCGGCGGGAUGGACGACGAGGAGCUCACCAACCUCAACUGGCUCCACGAGAGCAAAGACCUGCUGAACAGCUUCGGCGACCCCGUGCUGCGCAGCGUCAGCCCCGUGGGCGGGGAGUCGGCGGGCAACCGGGGCAGCCACGGCGACGAGGACGGCCUGCCGCCCUCGCCGGCCCCGUCCGACUUGCCGUACGAUGCCCAGAGGAACCCCAACUGCAAGCCGCCGUACUCGUUCAGCUGUCUGAUCUUCAUGGCCAUCGAAGACGCGCCCUCCAAGCGGUUGCCUGUCAAGGAGAUAUACAAUUGGAUCCUAGAGCACUUUCAGUAUUUCGCCAGCGCGCCCACCGGGUGGAAGAAUUCGGUCCGGCACAAUCUGUCGUUGAACAAGUGCUUCAGGAAGGUGGAUAAGGACCGGAGUCAGGUAAGGAGUGUCGAAACGCGCACACUCACACGCUGCACACACACCUGAGUAUCAGCCAGGCCC